AUCUUUUAAAAAAAACAAAUAAAAAACAAAAGCUCGUUUAAUAUUAGAAAAUUGUAGAGACUAUUCGAUGCUCUAAUCCAAUCUCCCCUCACAGAGCUUCAGAUCUUGCUGUUCCGAUUCCCGAAUCCAAUCCGAACGAUCUCAAAUCCCCAAUUCCUUGUCCCAGAAGCAACAAUGGCUGUCAAGCCUCGGUAUUCGCGCCUCCCGGCUCGCAAAACGUCGUCGUCGUCGUCCACGACGCUGGUCCUGACCUUGCUGGUCAUGUUCACCUUCGUCAUCCUCAUUCUCCUCGCCCUCGGCAUCCUCUCCGUCCCCAGCGGCUCCGCCGGCGGCUCCCCCAAAGCCAACGAUCUCAGCUCGAUCUCGCGGCAGAGCGUCGAGAGGAAUGAGGAAAAUGAGGCUGGGGAGCAGUGGGUCGAAGCCAUCUCUUGGGAGCCAAGAGCUUUUGUGUAUCACAAUUUCUUGACCAAGGAGGAAUGUGAAUACCUAAUCGAUCUUGCCAAACCGACUAUGCACAAGUCAUCGGUAGUUGAUAGUGAAACCGGAAAGAGCAGAGAUAGCAGGGUUCGUACAAGCUCUGGAACAUUUUUGGCAAGAGGGCGCGAUAAAAUUAUCAGGAACAUUGAGAAAAAAAUCGCUAAUUUCACCUUUUUACCUGUAGAACAGGGGGAGGGGCUUCAGGUUCUCCACUAUGAAGUUGGACAGAAGUAUGAACCUCACUUUGACUAUUUUCAAGAUGAUUUUAACACCAAGAAUGGAGGCCAACGUAUAGCUACGGUUCUUAUGUACCUCUCAGAUGUUGAAGAAGGGGGUGAGACUGUGUUCCCUGCUGCCAAGGGGAAUAUUAGUUCUGUGCCUUGGUGGUAUGAGCUAUCUGAAUGCGGUAAAAAAGGGCUUUCAGUUAAACCUAAGAUGGGCGAUGCACUGCUUUUCUGGAGCAUGAGGCCUGACGCAAGUCUAGAUCCUUCAAGUUUACAUGGCGGAUGCCCUGUGAUUAAGGGGAAUAAGUGGUCAUCUACUAAAUGGAUCCGUGUCAGUGAGUACAGUAUUUGAACUAUUAUACAAAAGGUUAUACAAGUUCUUAGGUCGGUGUAGUACUUGUCAAUAUCUCAAGCCAGAGCUUUUGUACUUGUGCUUCACGUCUCAUUUGUAACUAAGUAUACGGAUCGGCGCCUGCAUGCCUUAGAUUUUGAUAUGCUACAGUCGACAGCUGUUCUACUACUAAUUCAAUUUUUGUUCAAGAGCUUCUAUAUUCUUGUUAUUAUCGCAACGCAUCGAUGAAAUAAGUUCGAUUUUUUUCUUUUUUAAUGGAAAUUCCUACUGUAAGAACUCAGAAGGUUUAGAACGUUGAGUUGAUGAAAAGAAACAGCAAGAGAUAUUCACGGAAAAUUACAAGUACUAAUUAUAUGUUUAUGAACAUUCGUGUUCACUAAUUUAUUCUCGUUAUGACA